GUUGCACGAGCAGCGCGUGUGUUGCUACAGCCAACCAUUUUAGCAACAUUAUAUAAGUUGGAGCAGGUAAAAGAUGCUCCCUUUAUGCAAAAGUAUAUAUAAUUGUCAAUAAUGCUAGUUAUCUACCAUCUGCUGCAACCACUAUCUGAAUGAUGUGCAAUUAUUCGUCACAGUGGAGGUGGGUGGAGCACUGCUCGUCCCGGCCUGCCGGACUCCAACAUGGUUACUUAAAGGACGUGAAUAUGCCACACAAAAUUCACACCUCCCCCGCCGUGACUUCUUGCCGAUCAACAUGGAUACGGCCUGCGGCAGCAAGCCCCCGCAGUCGAAGAAGGUGUGCGUCAUCGGAGCCGGCAUGGCCGGGCUGGCCGCGGCGCUCGAGCUGCGCCGGGAGGGCCACGACGUGACGGUGCUGGAGCAGAGCGGCGACAUCGGCGGGCAGUGGCUGUACGACCCGAGGACCGACGCCGACGACGCGCUCGGCGUGGCGGCGCCGGUGAAGGUGCACAGCAGCAUAUACGCCUCGCUCCGGCUCAUCAGCCCCCGGCAGACCACGGGCUUCACCGACUUCCCAUUCUGCCCCAAGAGCGGCCGCGACGACCGCCGCUUCCCGGGCCACCGCGAGGUGCACCUGUACCUCAAGGACUUCUGCGACGCGUUCGGGCUCAUGGAGGCCGUGAGGCUCAACACCAGGGUCCUGCGCGCCGCCAUGACGCCGGCGCGUAAGUGGGCGGUGAGAUCCAUGGACCUCGGGCUCGGGGAGCGCGAUGGUGCCAACGGGAAGGGGUUGGACGCGUAUGUCGACGAGGUGUUCGACGCCGUCGUCGUCGCCACCGGCCACUACUCGCAGCCAAGAUUGCCAAUCAUCAAAGGCAUGGAGGCGUGGAGGGGGAGGCAGAUGCACAGCCACUCUUAUAGGGUGCCCGAGCCGUUCCGCGGCGAGGUUGUGGUGGUCGUCGGGUGCGGGGAUAGCGGCAGAGACAUCGCCAUGGAGAUCCGCGGCGUGGCCAAGGAGGUGUACAUGGUCGCCGGGUCCAUGGAGGCGGUCACCCCAGGCUUGUCCAAGGUGCUGGCCAAGCAUAGCGCCAACCUCCAUCUCCGACUUGAGGUGGAGCGUCUCUGUGAGGACGGGCGGGUGGCAUUCAAGGACGGCGGUGGCUCCAGCUCCAGCAUCGCCGCCGACACCGUCAUCUACUGCACAGGGUAUAACUACUCGUUCCCGUUCCUGGACACGGGCGGAGCGGUGGCCGUGGACGACAACCGCGUGGGCCCGCUGUUCGAGCACGUGUUCCCGCCGUCCCUGGCUCCGUCGCUCUCCUUCGUCGGCCUACUCAGGAAGGUAUUCGCGCCUCGGUCCUUCGAGGCCCAGGCUCGCUGGGUGGCCCAGGUGCUGUCCGGCAGGAGGAAGCUGCCGACGGAGGAGGAGAUGCUUCGGUCCGUGGAGGAGUUGUACCGCGCCAGGGAGAUCGCCGGCGUGCCCAGCAAGUACACCCACGAGGUCCGCUCGCUCAAGUGCUCGUACGUGGAUGAUUUCGGGGAGAAGUACUGCGACUUCCCUCGUCAGGAGAGGUGGCAGUACGAGCUGCUGAGGUCGACCGUGCACGACAUGAUGGACAAGUUCGAGACCUUCAGGGACGAUUACCAGGACAGCAACUCCAUCGGCAAGGCUGUGCAGGAGUGGCAUCUCUCUUGUCUGCACAGCUCGUCCAUGGCCGGUUCUGAGGUUUCGGGGGCCGGGGCGAAACGAGAAGCUGGUGCCUCUAAAUACGAACAUCAAAAUGAUAUUUUUCAUUGUGUAGACACAUCAGUUUCAGCGGCAACAAAUAUGGAUCAAAAAGAGUAGUGGGAAUCACUAAUGUUUUGUGUAAGAAAAUUAUUUAGACACUAUCUUCAAUGAUCCGUAAAUCCAUCUGCACUCGUUUACAACA